UAGGGCCGCGACGCGGUGUUGCCCCGCCCCCGCCAUCCCGAGCCUCGGUCGGCAGCCUCGGCCCGCCGGAGCCGGAGCCGGAGCCGGGCUGAGCGCGCCCCGCCGGACCCAUGCGCCGCGCCAGAAUACUGGACUACUUUGCUCCUACACCAGCAAUGGCUGUGGACAUAGCCAUGCAGCUGUAUCUGUGUUCUCCACCCUUGAGAAGAGAGAGAUUUGCUUGUAAAAUUGCUCCAAAGGCAAACAAACCAUUACGUCCCUGCAUUCAGAACAGCAAGGCUGAGUUCAGUGAACCUGGAGAGGCGGCAACAUCUCUCCGGGGAAAUAGGGUGAAAAAGAGAGUUUCUUUUGCCGAUAGCAGAGGCUUGGCUCUGACAAUGGUUAAAGUGUUUUCAGAGUUUGAUGACCCGUUAGAUAUUCCAUUCAACAUCACAGAGUUAAUAGACAAUAUUGUGGGUCUGACGACAGUAGAGAGAGACAACUUUGUCUUGGAUUUCGUACAGCCUUCUGCAGACUACUUGGACUUCAGAAAUCGCCUUCAGACAGAUUUUGUCUGCCUGGAAAACUGCAUGCUAAAGGAUAAAGCUAUUGUGGGCACAGUGAAGGUUAAGAAUCUUGCUUUCGAGAAGACUUUGAAAAUCAGGAUGACAUUUGACACUUGGAAAAGCUUCACAGACUAUCCGUGCCAAUAUGUCAAGGACACUUAUGCAGGUUCAGACAAGGACACGUUUUCCUUUGAUAUCUGCUUGCCAGAGAGAAUUCAAUCCCAUGAAAGAAUCGAGUUUGCAGUCUAUUACGAGUGUGAUGGGAAAGUGUACUGGGACAGCAACAGAGGCCUGAAUUACAGGAUCAUACAGUCUGAACUGAAAUCUGCUCGGGAAGUCUCGCAGCCUCAGGCUGGACCUGAUUUUGGCAUUGCCUUUGAUCAGUUUGGAAGUCCGAGGUGCUCCUAUGGCUUGUUUCCUGAGUGGCCUAGCUAUUCAGGGUAUGAAAAGCUAGGGCCUUACUACUAAUGGAGGAACUGAGUCUUGAUUUUCUAACUGGUGCUGUGCCUGUUGCAAGCUUGGGAAUUGGCCUGAACGUGAAGUUUGCUAAAGGGCUGGAUAAAUGACACUUUACAUGGCUCUGCAAAGCUCCAUUGGGGUAAAGCAAGAUGACUGUAACGUUCAGUGAUCGCAAGUGGUUUUAAUACCAGCUAAACAAGUGUCUUGUGCAUCAUGAUAGUUACCCCCCAGAUUCAACACUUGGAAACAGUUUGGUAGAAUGGGAGACCUCACUAUGGCUUCUGCCCAGUGCUGCUAGUCCUCUUCUGUAUAAUGCUGCUGAUCUCCUCCAGUUAAACACUUACUACUUCAGUGAUUGCAUUGUUCACUUAGGUAUGUAGUAGUGUCUUGUGUUGCACAUUAGGGUUGUUAUAGGCUUGAGUAUCUUAAAGAGGGAGGCUUUUUUAACUAUGCUCUAUCAUUUCUGUAGCACUAUGCAAGUUGGCUUUGCUAGAAGACUAUUUGACAGGUAAUUUAUACAUGACAGGAGAUAUUAAAGCUAAACUAGCUUGCUUAUGGCAAGGGGGGGACAUGAAUGUCCCUUUCUCUCUGACCUUGUUACUGUGCUGGAGCCUUUUGGUUAGAGAUGGAAAAGAUUCUAGAAAUGACACAAUAACCAUGACUAGAAGCUUCGCCUCAUGCCACAUUAGGAGAUAUCUGCAUUUAUAGGAAGAUACUGGUAUGCUUAGUCACCAGUUCAUCUGUAAGAUAUAUAUCUUUUUAAAUAUAAUUUGUGUAGUAAAUUCAUAGGGAUUGCCCAUGUUGAGUUGAAUUUGUUUUUCCUUUAGAACUGUGUAGUAUCCUUGUAGCUUUGGGGAUAAAUCCUUUGACUCAUCAAGUGUUUUAAAAACCAUUUUUACUGGAGGGGACGAGCUCUUUGUCUGCAACUGUUGAUAUGCCCAGAAAGUCUUCCAGCCUCCCUAGCGCCCUAGAACUACUUGGGGAGUAACACUGAGGAUUUUUUCUUUUUUUUAAUUUUUAAUCUUGCAGGUGCUGAAAGAUCACCAUUCUGUUCUCAAUAUGUAUCUCUAUUAACUGCCUUACUGUGCCUGGGGAGUGCAGCAGCUCCUACUUUUAGUGCUAAUGUAAAAUGAGCUUUCAUUCUGUUAAGAAACCGGGUGCCAAAGGGUUCAUGCAUGAGUCUGCAUGGACAGUAAGUACACUGCAUGUUUGUGAAUUUGUUGUUUCUGUAGUGGGUUUGAAAUUUUGAUAAACAGACCUCACUGCUGCUGUUUGUCAUAUCCUGUGAAGACAGCUUAUUCGGGAGACUAACUUUUUAGUGCGGUGUGAGUGCCUUGGCUCAGAACUUUUUGUGUGUACAAUAUCACAGCAGUGGCUUCAACUACAAAGGUUUCUGAAAUGUGACUGCUAGCUUUUAAAAAGUUCUGAACAUUUGUAUUAAUCCAAGUCAACUGUUUUGUCUAAAACUUGUCUCACUAGAAUGGAUGUGUAGCUCUUUGUUCACUGUUUUCAUGCUAGAAUGGGUUCACUUAGAUUGCUAGAACACCAGCCUUGCACUGUAAUUACAUACUGAGCUGUCACAUCUGUACCUUGUAUUGACAUUGUAGAAGCUAUCACAAUUAAGUGCACGCAUUGGCCUUCAGUGCUAUUUCCAUACAAAAUGUAGUUCUGCCAAAGAAAAUGGAUCUCUCAAGGGCAUGAGAUGCCAUCAUUGCUCUUGUUGAAAAGGAAGAUCUGUUGUGGUAGAGGGGAGAGUACCAUGGCUUGUUUUGGAAGUGAGGUGAAUUGCAAAGAACAGUCAUUUUAGGUACUGCCAGAGAGAAUGUAGCUAAAUUACUCACUGCAAUCAUUAAGCCAAUGUCUUGCUAUUUGAGCAGAAUAACUUAUUUCAGAUAUUUAAAUGGAAUAAUUCAAACGGGAUUUAAUAUUUCCAGAUAUUCUAUUUUUCUAGAACACAAACGUUAUACUUGGCACAUACCCAGUAUUUGUGUGGGGAGGGCACAGGAAGAAGCAAAUGGCUAUGCUAGUCUCCAGAAUUCAAAAUUGCUUUUUAAAACAUCAAUUUUUAAAUUCUGGAGACCACAGUACAAAACAUUUCUGCGCUGACCUAUAAUUUUAGGAGAAGAUGUAUCUGACCUUCUAUUAGACAUGAUUAAGUAAGAACAAUGAGCUUAUGGGAAGAAUGCAUAGUUUUUUUUAUCUUUGCAUCAAUGUAUUGGGCCGUGGAAAGCAUUAUUGUACUCAGUCACUAAUUUCAGGCAUUAAAUUGACGCUAUGUGUAUGUGUAUGUAAACAUGGGUUGCACAAGCUUCAUUCACUAAUUUGAAAAGUCUGUUUCCUGAAUUCCAUUUGAUAAGUUAAAUAGUGUCCUCCGUAAAGGUGUCUUUAGGAAAGACUUACCCAGGUUUGGUUUAAAAUCAUUCUUUGAUUUACAAAGCUGGGCUGUGAAUGAGUCAAGGGUUUAACUUGCCUAGGAUUUAAAGGUAUGGUUGUUGUUAGCUAACAUGUUCUAAAAACCUAGUGUACAGCUUGCUUCAUGUACUUCUAGCUAACACAUUCUAGCACACCUUUAGAUCCUAACCAUGACACCCUAAAAUGCAACAGUGAUGUGAGAGUCUGUAGUGCCGUGGGUAGUAGUGUGCUUUUAUUUCCUCCUUCUGGUGGUACAAUGAAGGGGCCCUUGCAUACCAGCCAAUGGAAGCAAUGGUGUACCGCAGUGAAUGGGAAAAAGCUGUGGAAGUUGUGACAUACACAUUGACAUUGUGUAAACAUUGUGCUGGGAACUGUCUUUUUGACCAAUGAUGAUUCUAAAACAUAAAAAAGGUAACUUCUUGGAGCUUUCCUUUUCACACUUUUCUUUCGCCAAUGGGAAUGUAGAGGUGAGGCAUUGCUGUCCUUCUUUUAUGCCUGGAAGUGCCUUGUUAAGCUGUUUUUGCAUGUUUGUGUCUUUUUAAAUGUUUUUGUACACAAAGUUCAAGGUGAAAAAAUGCACUUUAUAAUCACAAAUGAAUGGAUUAUUCUCUUAAAAGAACAAUGGUUUGUUUUUAACUGAAAGUGAAAAUAAAAGCAGAACUGAAGGUGCUUGGUUGUUAUCUUUGUAUUGUUGCCAGGAGACAGCACUUUCUUAAAGGGGGGUGGGGCAUGAGGAUGGGAACACCUGCAGAUCAGACCAGCUCCUUUGGAGGGAGAGGGCAAUACACAUCAACAUAACCACUUGCCAUGGGAAGGAAUUGCCUUUUCAUUCAACCUUUUUCUGAAAUGUUACUCAUAGAACUUUUUUCCUAGUGGAGCUGUUGACUUCGAGGGCUCUGUCUGUCUUCUCUACUGCUUCAGUUGUAUAAUAUGCAAAGUGCACUAGAAACACUAGCUAUUCUCAGGAAGUAUUUGUCAUUCGGGGAAGAAUAAAGGAUUGAUUAUUCUUAUCCCUAACUUUCCACCAGCUAUAUUAAGCCUUUUGGAGACUUCUCAUUGUGGCUCAAUCUAUGAAGAAAACUCUAUUUAGAGCACUUAAUCUAAUAAAUGGCAAUUAACUA